AUUCCGCCGCAUGCCCGCACCCUAACUGAACAUAUGGAUGCAUCUGCGUAGCCCUAACACCCAACCACCUUCUUAUAGCUAGACUCCAUUUGCAAUUAACACUAUCGAACGAACUAACACAUGUAUGCACCACCGCCUAAAACCGUCUAUCCAUGAUCCAGCUCCCCGUCUAAACCCUAUUUAAGCCCUCCAUUCCUCCCCAUAUUCUCCACACCACAAUCACUUAGUUCACUUCAUCCUGAAGGGACCGUAGAGCGUACGCACUGUUAGCUACAAAGAUCAAGAAUAGAUCAUGGCCCGCUCUCAGGUAGUCCUCAUGGCCGCCGUCGCCCUGGUGGUGAUGCUCGCGGCGUCCCCGCGCGCCACCGCGGCCAUCAGCUGCGACCAGGUGGACAACGUGAUGAAGCCGUGCCUGCCCUUCGCCCUUGGCGGCGCAGGCCCGUCUGCGGAGUGCUGUAGCGGCGUGAAGGCCGUCCAGAACCAGGUGCAUAGCACCGCCGACCGCCAAGCCGCCUGCGUCUGCUUCAAAGCCGCCGCUGCCGGCAUCAGCGGUCUCAAUUUGGCCAACGCCGCGGCCAUCCCCUCCAAGUGCGGCGUCACCGUCCCCUACACCAUCAGCCCCACCAUGGACUGCUCCAAGCUGAAGUGAGCGACGAUCAGAUCGUGCCGGCGCUCAGCUCAUGAAUCCACUUUGAUCUGAAGCGCGCAGCAGAGACAUCUGUCUCUACUUGAAAUAAAUACGAGUUUAUACCGAAAAUAAGGAACCCUCAUGCAUGCUGCCUUGUGUUGGUUUACUCCUUCGGAACAAACUAUGUAUGCAAGAGCUGG